AUGGAAAUCGACGGCGACGGCCGGUGGGUGCCCUUCGCGUCGGCCAAGGACGCGGGCGAGCGCGCCUGGCUCCUCGAGGAGUGCGCGAAGAUGCCCUGCUUCGGCGAGCUCACGCGCCGCGAGCUCGGCGUCGUCGCGGACGCGUUCCGGCUCAAGCGCUUCGCGCCGGGCCAACGCGUCUACGCGGAGGGCAAGGGCGUCGACUACUGCUACGUCGUCGAGGAGGGCCACGCGUCCCUCGACGGCGAGUCGGGCUUCCAGUCGCAGCGGACCGUGCCCGACGUCGCGGGCAAGCGCUUCUUCGGCGAGGCCGAGUGCCUCGACGGCGGCCCGCGGCGCUGCUCGGCGUCCGCGGCGACGCGGCUCAAGGCCUGGGCCCUCGACACGCUCACGAUGCGGUCCAUCCUCGGCGACUCCGUGCCGAAGCGGCGCCUCCUCUACCUCGGCGCCCUGCGCGACGUGCCCCUCCUCGCGUCGCUCGACGUCGACGACAAGAAGAAGAUCGUCGACGGGUCCAAGGGCAGGGACCACAAGACGGGCGAGCUCAUCGUCAAGGAGACGGAGAAGGGCGACGACUUCUUCGUCGUCCUCGACGGGUCCGUGGAGUGCACCAAGUACGUCGCCGGCGCCAACGACUCCGUCUGCCCGACGCUCAAGAAGGGCGACUUCUUCGGCGAGCUCGCGCUGCUCAAGAACAAGAACCGCGCGGCAACGGCGAUCGCGCUGAACGACGUCGAGGUCCUGGCCGUCCCCAGGUCCCUCUUCGACGCGCUCGUGAAGCCGCUGCCCGCCCUCGUC